ACCAGAGGCAGAUUCCGCGGAGCCAGUGGACAUCGAAACUAAGGACAUCGUCGUCAUCUGGCGCAGCAGGCAACGCGCGGGCUGGCUCAGUCCAGCUUCUGAGAAUUGCUCGGCGCAGGGGGAUCCUUGUACCAAGGCGGUCAAUUGGGGACCUGUAAAAGCUGCGCCGUCGGUAAGCUCCUCGACAUGGCCAUCGAUGACCAUAAAGCUGCUGACGCUCCACGCGUUGUCGAAGAUCAAGCCCAUGCCGUCGUUCAUGACCUGCUCCCUCAAGCAUCUCACGACAUGCCAGCGCUGUCUCGCGGAUCUAGCAUUGUCCCCAACAGCGUUACUGCCGCUAGAUGAUGGACCGGCGACCUGCUCUCGCCCAGCGUGACCAUCGCGGCGACGGUGGGGGGCAG